AUGAGUAAUAUCGAGUUUUGUACUCAGCAUCUUUUAGCAUAUGACAACUCCAUAAUUACUGCGGACAAUGACAUAAAGGCAAAGGUGAGCGAAAAUUUGGACCUUAUUUUUAAAAAAAUAAACGAGUUAAAAAAUGAAAAGGAUGGAGAUGGAGAAAUAAUCUAUCAUGUUACAAAAAAUAAUUUUUUUAAUAUACCUAGAUAUUCAAAAAUACCAAAAAUAAAAAAAAGUACCAAAUGGGAAAUGUUUGCACAAAGUAAAUUGUUGAAAAAAAAAAAUAAGAGUGGUUUAUUGUUUGAUAAAAAUACGAAAGGUUGGGUGAGGCGUUUUCAAAAAAAACAAAUUAAAAUAAAUGAAGAAAAUGCAAACUUUGUUCAUGAGUAUAAACAAAACGAAGAUAUAUAUGAAGACCCAUUUGAACAAAUAGAAGAAGAAAAAGAAAUUAAAAAAAUGAAACAGAAAAUAAGAGAAAUGAGAAAUAAGUUCGAUCAAGAGGGCAUUUCUACGGAAGACAUAAAAUACAUAGAAAGGCAAAAAAGAAAGAGGGAAAACUUGAUGGACAGCCUCAAAGUGGCGCAGAUCUCAUCCUCGACAUUUGGAAGAAAAGACAAAAAAUUAAAAAAAGAAAAAAAACUCAGAGUUAACAAUAGCAUUGUAACGAAGCAAAAGUGCGAAAAACGUUUACUGAAGGAUGAAAUUAAUCAGAAUAGCAAACUAGCUGCAAUUGUUUUGAAGUCCCUGUAG